AGCUUUCCAGGCGCAAACAACAUUCAGGAUCAUCUUCUGCUAGAUUUUUGCGGAAGGAUUUUAGCGAGAAUACUUCAGGCUCAAGUUUCUCCAUAUAAUCCUAAUCAGUUUCCCGCCAUGGCUUUCAGCUUCCGCAGCUGCUUCGCGAAUUGCUUCGUCUUCAUCCUGACCGUCCUUCACAUAAUCGUCCUCGCGGGAUCCAUCGCAUCCGUCGCUCUAAUCUUCGUCAUCCGGCCCAACCCCACCUUCCCAGCGGGCUGGGGAUUCAUAAUCGUCGGCGCCAUCACCUUCCUCUCCGGAGUCUUCGGCGUAUUUUUCUCCGGCCGAUUCGGCUGCUGCGGAAUCCACCUGCUCCUGCACGCGCUCUCCAUCGCCGGAACAUGCGCCACGGGGAUCAUCGCCGUCGCAAAGCCCGACACGCUCGUCGGCGACAUGCAGCCGACCAUCGCGCUUGACAAGGCGCACGAUCUCAUGAUCGUCGAAGGCGGAAUCAUGCUCGCGCUUUUCACGCUCCAGCUCCUGCUGAUGAUCCUCACCUGCUGCGCGCAGUCGUGCGGGUGCCUGGACGGGGGGUACGAGGAGCUCGACUCGGCGUCGGCGGCGAAGAAAGCGGCGGCGGACGCGAUUAAGGAGGAGCAGCGGCGCGCGCGCAUGGAAUCCACGAGCGCGCAUAAGCUGGCGCAAAAGAUGAAAGAGAAGUACGGGAUGGUCACGGGGACGAAGUCGGAUUACGACAUUGAGAAAUGAUAACCGGGUCCAAGGAGGAGCACGAGGCACCGGGGCAAGGAGGAGAUAGCCGGAGUAGGCAGAGGGUUGCUGGCUUUCUGGGCCAUCAUAAGAAAGGGGUGGUUGCUUGCUACAUCUUCCUACCUUCCUUCCGCGCGUCUAGUUGGUCCGCUUCAGGUCACCGUCGUCCAGUGUUAUUUUCCCACACGCAUCCGUCGCUUGAUGUCCGCUUCUCGUUCCGCGCCAAGCUUUGCCCCGCAUGCUCUGUCGUGCUGGUACCCCCCCCACCCCCCCCCCCCCCCCCUCUCCCCCCUCUGCAAGCUCUUUCCCUCCAAUCUGGCUGCUGGCCGGUUAGCAAUUAAUGCGGGAGGACAUGUCGCAUGUUGUGACUGUUAGCCCUGCGAUUGUGGUGUAGCUGUGAUGACUGGUGGUGUCAUGGUGCAAGUCCGUGCUCCCUGCUGCCAUUCCCCACUUGCUGGCUUCACAUACUAGGACGUGGUAGUUUUGUUCACCCUUCAGUUUAGGAUCCUAUUACAGUGCAUCAGUGGCUAGUGUAGGAUUUAUACAUACUAGCAACCACUUGUCAUGCGGUAUCUGCUUGUACUUUUUGGAUGUUCCGCUACAAAAGC